AUGUGCAGUGCUAGUGUUCAUACGGAUUCUAAUAAUCAAUUUAUUAAAAACCGAGGUAAUCAUAAUAGCCAUUUACCAUCUCCAGAGAAGAUAGAAUUACGAAGGUUUAAGAAUGUAGUAAAAACAAGAGUAGUACAUGAAUCAACUCCAAUUGGUGUGAGAUACGAUCAAGAACUUGCUCGUGCUAAUUUUUCUCAGUGUGGAUUGGCAACUUGUUUAUCAUCACAAGAAGCUAUUCGUCGUCAAAAAACACCUAUUCUACCUAAAUCUAGUGAUUUUUAUAUACCACUUAUUUAUUCAACAACAAUUGAUAGUCGACGAUUUCUUUUAUCAGAUAUAACUAAUUAUCAGAAAAGAACCAUAAUCUUCUCAACUGAUGAACAAUUAACUACUCUUUUUAAAGCAAAGCAAAUUAUGAUGGAUGGGACUUUUGAUGCUGUUCCACUUCAUUUCGAACAGGUUUACACGGUUCAUGGUUUUCCUUGUGCCAUAGCAUUACUAACAGGUAAAUCUAGUAAUAUUUACAAACACUUAUUCGACGAAUUAGAAACUCAUGCAACUCGAUUACAGCUUAAUUUUAAUCCCAUGACAAUAACAUUCGACUUUGAAAAGUCUUUAAUAAAAGCAGUUCGAGAAAAGUUUCCUCAAGCAAAACAUCAUGGAUGUUAUUUUCAUUUUUGUCAAACAAUAUAUAGAAAAAUUCAAAAUCUUGGUCUUGCGACACAUUAUCGAGAUGAUGAUAAUAUUCGUGAUACUUGCCGCCAUUUAAUGAGUCUUCCUCUGUUACCUUGCCGAGAAGUUGAAGAUGGAUUCGAACAUCUUGUUUCAAAAGCACCACCACUUCUUAGUAAUCUUCUUGAUUAUUUUCGAAAUUUUUGGUUUCGUCAAAUGCCUGUCGAGCUAUGGAAUGUGCAUAAUAUUGAUAUCAGGACAAACAAUCACGCUGAAGGUCAGCACUGUAGAAUAACAAUGUCAGAUAUGACUAAAGAUACCGGUGAAGUGAAUCUUGCUAUUCAUCCAAGUAUCCGUGCCAUUGUCAUAAUUACUGGUUCAGAUGUUAAUGAAGUUAAUGUUGCUCAUGAUCUUGUUGUUGAUGAAGUUAAUGUUGCUGGUAAUACACUUGCCCAUGAUGUUGCUGUUGUUAACUCUUGUGCGAGUGCAGAUACGCAACGAACAAUUCGUCAUGUUAAACCUUGGCUAUGGUCUAAAAAGAAAGCAUUUGUUGUAAUUUUGGUUAUCAAGAUUAUUGAAAUCGUAAGUACCAUCUUUUAA